AUGGCGCCUUCAACGCGUCGGCGCACGCGCGCCACAGCAAACUCUUCCCCGCUUGUGGAAUUGAAGACCGAGCCCAAGCGCAGAGUUACCAAGACCACGAAGGUGAAACGCCCCGUGAAAGCACCCGAGCCUGCGCCAGAGCCAGAGCCGGAGCACGUCGUGAGAUCUGAAGAGAUCUCAGACAGUAAGCCACCUGUUUCUUUCAUUCAGGCACCACUCUCGGUGGCCUCUUUCCUCAAGAAUCCGCCUUCCGUCCUUCGAGACAUCUACGACCUGGUCAAGAAGCUCCAAGCAGAAGUCCAGGAGCUCAAGAAAGCAAAGGCGCCUCAAACUGACAUUGCGCACCAAGCCGACACCGCGCCCCAAGACGAUGCAGCUCCCUCCGAAGCGCCUCUCGAAGCUCCUGCCGUCAUUGAAGAAGACCGCCGCGAAGCUAUGGAUCUCCUUCGGCUCGCCGACCAGAAGCGUGAACAGAACAUGGCACUCAGCCAGAUAGAUAUGCGCCCGUUUCAGCUCUCAACUACAGCUGUAUCGCCUGUCCAUGCAACGGCGCAGCCUGCCUCAACACCGCGCGCCAAUGGAACUACUCCACCUGCCGCUACCCCGCAGAGUUCAACAAGCUUCUUUGGCAGUGUGUGGUCAACUCUCAAGUCCUCUGUCUGGUCUACCCCGAAAACGAAGCCCUCGCGCCCCUCCAGCAACGCCAAUUCUCUUGCCGCUUCCUCCGCUAGCACUCCUAUCGCACCGCCGGUCAUCGGAGAUUUCACCAUGAGCCUCACACCUACACCAACGCCCGUGGGCGACAACCGCGGAAGCUCAAAGGUCAAGCGGUCAUCAGGCAGGCGCCAACGCGCAGCGAUUAUCAAGAAUGUUGCGUCAAGCGUGCCAGACCCGGCCGAGGAAGAGCAGGCUACAAAGUGGGCCGAGAACGUCCUGAUGCAGCUGCUCCAGGACUCCUCCGCUUCUGCUGGGGAAAAGCGCAAGCGACUCGAAGACGGAAUGACAUACGGCGACCUCAACCACUUCAACUCCAAGCCAUGGAAGCCCGCAGCUAGUAGCUUUGGGCUUGACGAUGAGCUCAUGGAUCACGUCGAUAACACUCCGGAUGAGCCCGCCCCGAUGUGGGCGAUCCUCGAGCACUUGCGCAUUGAACAGCAGUGGAAGGGCGCACAGCCCGAACAGGAAGACGAAGCCAAUCAGCCCGCCUCCAAGAAGCGGAAGACCUCAAAUGGUGCCAAUGACUCUAUCACGUCACCUAAGCAGUCUGUCGUCUCUCUCGACUACGCCAACAGCCCGUUCUAUAAUAGCGGUGGCAAAUCAACUUCUCUUCGCGACCUGCACCCUCGUUCCUGCUUGGACCGGCCAAGUGUUCAGCAGGACAGCAACAUCUUCAAGAAAUCUCAGCAGAGCGCAGCUCAGCAGAAUGACUCAUCUACAGCGUUCCCGACCUCGUUUAGCGUUCCAGACGAUUCAGAUGACGAGGAGGAUUUCGAAGACGAGCCAAAUACCAACGGAACAACUGCUACGCCCGGCGCCUUUUCGACUUGGACUCAGCCACCACCGCCUGCUCCUGUCAUGCCACAUGCUGAACUUCCAGGCUCGGUUGGUCCAGCUCCAUCUGUUCCUUCCGUCGAGGGUCACCUCGUUGCCAGUCCUACCGUGGAUCGGGUUGAAGCCCAGCGUGCCAAGGCCUUGAAGUUCACUCCAGCCAAGCCGAGCAACCUGUCACAUAUGAGCAAACCUUCUCCCAGUCUCCGCUCUGACGCUGGUAAUGAAUCGAUGCUCGCAAACUCCCCUGCACCCAUCUUCGGAUUCAAAGCUUCCGGCGCCGCCGCUCCUAGCAUCUUCCAAAGCGCGAGCGCGACCAACGGGGCUUCUCUUUCCAAGAACGAGGCCCUUACAAAUGGCGCUACUCCUUCCCAGGAGAAGGGCCUAAGCAACGGAACAUCCCCCUUCCAGAACACGGGCUUUACCAAUGGCAAUUCCCUCUUCCAGACCAAGGGCAUGACGGACGGUGGCUCUCCCUUCCAGACUAAGGGCAUGACGAACGGUGGCUCUCCCUUCCAGACUAAGGGCAUGACGAACGGUGGCUCCCCCUUCCAGGCCAAGAGCGCCAGCAACGAUGAAUUCGCAGUCAAGAGCGCAGGCGCUAGCCUUGCUUUGCCGGACUACGAGUUCAUACCUCCAGACGCUGAGCCGCUCGACCUGCCCUUAGAAAUCGAGGCCGACCUUGAUACCUAUGUACCGUCCGCCGAGUUACAAGCCAAGAUCGAGGCUAUGACCGGUUGGGACGAUCCCAUUCUCGAAUACGAUGACGAGCUAUCUAAUGUUUAA